UGAUCAUGCACCGGAUGUUCGUGUUAAUGAGCGCGGACGAGUGGAAGUUUACGCUCCGGUACGAACGCUGGCGAGAAUAAACGGACGUAAGAUCCCCAUGGAGAUAGAAAUAUAGUAUCGGACCCAGUGAUCCCUGACAAUUUUCAAGCUGCUAGGAAGUUGUCUCACAUGUGGCACGAGUUGGAUCCUCUGCCACCAUCUAAGGGCGAACUAAGAAAUCCUGAAAUAGAAAAUAAAAUAAACGCGAGGAAGAAGCCAUCGCCGGCACCGAACUGUACAAACGAUAAGGCAGUCAGAAUCAGGCGAGAGGAAUCGGAAGCAGGACGCACUUUCCAAAACCCAAGAGAUGUUUCAAAGAACCCGCACAUAUCUCCAAAGACGAGGAAACGCUCACUCAAGCGGCAGCGAUCUCCGGAGGGGGCUCAUCCUUAUCGCUUUGCGAAGAAACGGGCUUCGGUACCAAAUCAGGUCAAGAACCGCCGACAGGAGGCUUUCCGAGGUCCGUUGAUUGAUAAAUCUGCAACAGUAUCGGCGCCGAUCCCGAUCCCGGCGACGUCGGUGCCUAUAGAGGUAGAAGAGGAGGACGAUGAUGAUCGAAUCAUCAAAGUGAAAGUAGACUUGGGCAUGUCAAGCGACGAGGAGCAAAGUGAAAACGAUAUUGUCAGCGACGAUAGCUCGGUUGAAAUUAUCACUUCCCCGCCAAGACCAGCAAAGCCCAUGACCAUUUUUGCAGGGCAUGAGGACGAGAAUGAAGGCCUCGGUGAUGAGCUUUUUGUUGCAUCAGCCCCACCCCCGAAAUGGAGAAAAUGUCGAAAGGAAACGAAGGACAAGAGCUUUUCGGAACUGGUACGAGAUGAGCAAGGAAGAAUCGAUCAUCGGUUCGACACGGGCAUCACGGCACCAAUGGAUCGACAUGAUCGGUUGAUCAAUAGGACGGACGGGGCAAUUUCAACGAGGUUUAGGCAGUCAAAGAGCUUCGGCGAAAGACUGAUGGCAAUCUCUUCUGCUGCUACAGAGCGGAAUGAUGCUGGCAACGAUGAAAAGAGCCGAGACAAUGGGCAGGGCAGGGUAGCAUUAGAUAGGGCUCCUGAGUUUGACUGGGGUACUUUGCUUGACAGGCAAAGAAGACGCCGCCAAGGAGAACAUCUAGAUAGGCGACACGAGAAUCGCUCCGGACGUUCAACGUGGAGAAGUUACGACAGCUACCGCCCAAGGCCAUCCCUACGACGAUCGGAAGUGUCCUGGUGGGACAGCCAAGAGGCGAGGCGGAUUGAAGCGAUGACUAGAGAUGAUCCGCUCGAAGAGUUUGCGAAAAAUUAAUUGUAAGGGAUUAUUUCUGCCUUCCCGUUUGUGGAUCGUCUUGUAGUGAGGCGCGCAAUUUUGAGGUGCUAACACGAAAGUCUCGAACGUCGCCCUAUCCAUUUUUAGUAGUUUCGAGAUCGUUGGUCUAGACCUCAGAG